AUCCAUCAUGAGUUGGCUCGCCUUCAUGAGUCUGGUCGAUUUCUUCACUCUCGCGUUGAAGCUGGCGAGGACGCAGGCACAUUACAGCAUUUUUCCAAAAAUCAGGGAUUUGGGCAGAUUGAUUGGACUGCUGUGAUAUUCCACGAGGAGCAGGCGGCUGCACUACAUUGUCCAGAGGCAUUGAUAGAUCUCGCACACUAUAAUCUUGGCCUCUAUAUCGAGGGGCCACUUUCAUCUUGCCCGAUACCAGUGGGUCUGACCCUUUUUUAA